AUGAUUUUAAAAGCUCUGAUUACGAUUUGUUUGAUUUUUGUCUAUGAAGUACACUCAUUAUACCACGACAGAGUAGAUAUUAUAGAUGAUAGUGACACGACUACAGUGAAAAUAGACCAGCAAACAGUAGAAGUACUCGCAACGGUGCCGCCGACGGACACAGAUCCCGUGAUCGAACGUUCAUCACAUUACCAGCAUUUGGAUCCAACAUAUCAUGGUUUCUGGAAGAAGAAAUUUGUUUGGAGACCUCGUUGGGUGAAGACUUGGAAUGAAAAGAAGAUCUAUGUUGCUGUCUGGAAGAAGAUGUGGGCACCGGCAAUGUUGAAGGAAUGGGUGCCAGUUCCCAAACCGCCCCCGGGCUGGUUAAAGCACGGAUUAGGUCAUGCGCAUCAAACUUUUUAUGUUAAAGCUCAUCCACAUUGACUACAGUAUUGAACUUUUAGAAUAGUACCUAGUUGUAACGGUAACUUAUUCGGAGUGCUGAUCACUAGUCG